AUGCUGUUCCAUUUAGAAAUACAUUUGGCAAUCUCUUUCUAUCUCUUUUUGUAUUUCAUUCUCUCUCUCUCUUUCUCUCUCUCUCUCUCUCUCUCUCUCUCUCUCUGUAGCAUUCUGUCAUUUUCUCUCUUGCUCUUGUCUAUCAUCCUUCUCUUUCAAUCAUCUGUUCGCCUUCUCUAUCACACACACACACACACACACACACACUCAUUGACUCUUAAUCUCUUUCACUCUCUCUUUCUCUCUCUCUUUCCAUUAUAUAGCAUUCUAUCAUUUCCUCUCUCUUUCUCACUCUCUUUUUUAUCAUUGUCAUUCUCUCGUCCUUCACUUUCAUGCUUCUCUCUCUUUUUUCUUCUUUCUCUUUCUCUCUUUCUCUUUGUUUUUCUUUCUCUCUCUAUCUCUUUCUACCCCCCUCUAUCUCUCUCUCUCUCUCUCUCUCAAAUCUCUCUCAAAUACUAUUCCUGCUCUCUCUCUCUCUCUCUGUGUGUGUCUGUCUCUCUCUCUCUCUAUCCCUCUCCCUCUCGGAUAUGUGUUUCAACUAUAUUCGGAUACCUACUGACUAAUAUUUCUCUUUUUCUUUCUUUCUCUUUGACACACACACACACACACACACUCUCUCUCUCUUUCUCUCUCUCUCUCUCUCUCUCUCUCAAACCAAUACCCAUACCCUGCCCAACAUCUCUCUUCUUCACUCCCUCUCUCCCGCUUAAACAACACCCCUAUCCCAACUUCUGUGCUUCUUUCUCUCUAUAUCUCUUUCUCUUCGAUUCUCUCUCAAACAACGCCCCUAUCCCUGUCCUCUAUAUACAUAUAACAUAUAUCUUUCUCUCACUCCAUCCCUACCUCUCUCCCUCAAAUUUCACCUAUCCUUACUCCUGCCAUGUAUCUCUUUCUCACUCUCCAUCCCAACCUCUCUCUCUCUCUCUCUCUCUCUCUCUCUCAAAUUUCACCUAUCCUUACUCCUGCCAUGUAUCUCUUUCUCUCUCUCCAUUCACCCCUCUCUCUCUCUCUCUCUCUCAAAUUUCACAUCAUUACUCUUGGCAUGUAUCUCUUUCUCUCUCUCCAUCCCUACCUCUCUCUCUCAAAUUUCACCUAUCCUUACUCCUGAGAUGUAUCUCUUUCUCUCUCUCCAUUCACCCCUCUCUCUCUGAAAUUUCACUUAUCAUUACUCUUGGCAUGUAUCUCUUUCUCUCUCUCCAUCCCUACCUCUCUCCCUCAAAUUUCACUUAUCCUUACUCCUGCCAUGUAUCUCUUUCUCACUCUCCAUUAACCCCUCUCUCUCUCUCUCUCUCUCUCUCUCAAAUUUCACCUAUCAUUACUCUUGGCAUGUAUCUCUUUCUCUCUCUCUCCCCUCCCUCUCUCUCUCAAAUUUCACCUAUCCUUACUCCUCCCAUGUAUCUCUUUCUCUCUCUCCAUCCCUCCCUCUCUCAAAUUUCAACUAUCCUUACUCCUGCCAUCUUUCUCUUUCCCUCUCUCCAUCCCUUCCUGUCUCUCUCAAAUUUCAUCUAUCCUUACUCCUCCCAUGUAUGUCUUUCUCUCUCUCCAUCCCUCCCUGUCUCUCUCAAACUUCACCUAUCCUUACUCCUGCUAUAUAUCUCAUUCUCUCACUCCAUCCCUCUCUCUCUCUUUAUCAAACUUCACCUAUCCUUACUCCUGCUGUGUAUCUCAUUCUCUCUCUCUGUCUGUCUUCUUUUUGCUCUCUCUCAAACUUUACCUAUUCUUACUCCUGCCAUGUAUCUUUUUUCCCUCUCUCCUUCCCCCUCUCUCUCUCUCUUUCUCUCUCUCUCUCUCUCUCUCAAACUUCACCUAUCUUUACUCCUGCUAUAUAUCUCCUCUCUGUUCCUCACUCUCUCUCUCUCUCUAUCUCACACCAUCGUCCUCACACUCCUCAACCACCAAAAAGCACAAGCUUACGACCACAUCACUUCACGCACAUUCGAUAACUUACCAGUUAGGACAAAUAUUCUUGGCGAGGAACGAACAAUUUUUCAAACAGAAUGGCUACGUCAAUGGAUUCCUGUCGGGAGUUGCAUAAAGAAUGGAAACUGUAACACAUGCCAAGUCAGGAAUCGAACAAUGUCGAUUCUAAAGUUUCCUUUUUAUCUUUUCUUUUUAUCUUUGUUUUUUUACAUCUCUUUCUUUUCUUUUUUUUUACGUUGUAAUUCUACCCUUUUUCUUUCAUUUUUUUUCUUUACUUUUCUCUUCUCUUUUCGCUUUUUGACUUUUUUACUUUUUCGUAUCCACUCAAUUUUUUUCUUUUCUUUUUUUUCUUUGUUUCUUCUUUUCUAUUUGUCAUUAUUCUUUUCUUUCGAUUCUCUAUUCAUUUUUCAUUUUCUUUUCUUUUACACUUUUUUUCUUUCAUAUCAUUUUUUUAUUUUUUUAUUUUUUAUUCUUUUUUCAAUUUCUUUCAUCUUUUACCUUUUUGCUUUUCUUUCCUAUUUUUCUCUUUUUCUUUUCUUUUUACAUAUUUAUUUCUUUUUUAUUUCUCUUCCUUUUUCAUUUCUUUUCUUCUUCUUCUUCACCUUUUAUCCGUUUUUCAAUUUUUUUUCUUUACAUUUCUCUAUUUACUUUUUCGUUUUUUCUUUUCUUUUUUUCCGUUUUAUUUUAUCUUGGUUUUUCUUCACAUUUUCUAUUUUACUCUUACUUUUUCGUUUUUUUUUUCUUUUCUUUUUCUUUUCGUUUUCUUUUCUUCCAUUUUUUUCGUAUUUUUUUCUUUUUCGUUUCAUUCCGUUUCUUCUUUUUUGCUUCUUUUUCUUCUUUUUCUGUUUUCCUUUCUUUUACUUUUUUCUUCUUCUUUGUUUAUUCAUUUUCUUUUAUUCUUCUUUUAUUUUUUUUUCUUUCCGUUUACUUCUUUGUUCUUUUUCAUUUCCUACAAUUUUUCUCCAUUUCUUUCCCUUUUAUUUCUUUUUUUGUUUUCUUUUCUUUUCCAUCUAA